AGCCUCGACGGCACCUCGCUGCAUGGAGCUGGGCUGCUGAAGGCCGCUGGCGCGGGACAGCUUCUGCUGCAUCCCUGGAUCCGAGGCUCUCGGCCUGCCCGUUGACUCCUGGCAGCCCCAGGGCGUGCCUGGGUCCCCGGGACCUGGCAUUCUGAUCGCCCAGCCAUGGAGCGGUGCAGCAGCUGCCACCGUCUCCUUCUGCUCCUACCUCUGGUGCUGGGGCUGACCGCUGCCCCGGGCUGGGCAGGUGCACCCUCUGUGGAUGUGCUAAGGGCACUGAGGUUCCCCAGCCUCCCUGAUGGCGUCCGGAAGGCGCGAGGUGUCUGUCCAGCAGAUACAGCCUAUAGAGUAUCAAGACCUGCCCAGCUCAGUGCACCCACCCGCCAGCUCUUCCCAGGAGGUUUUCCCAAAGAUUUCUCUCUGCUGACUGUUAUCCGGACGCGCCCAGGCCUCCAAGCUCCCCUCUUGACUUUGUACAGUGCCCAGGGUGUCCAACAGCUGGGCCUGGAGCUUGGCCGACCUGUCCGCUUCCUGUAUGAGGACCAGACUGGUCGGCCUCAACCCCCGGCUCAGCCAGUCUUCAGAGGUCUCAGCCUAGCAGAUGGCAAGUGGCAUCGUGUGGCUGUGGCUGUGAAGGGCCAAUCUGUCACCCUAAUUGUGGACUGCAAGAAGCGAGUGACCCGGCCCCUUCCCCGAAGUGCUCGUCCAGUGUUGGACACCCGUGGGGUGGUGACCUUUGGAGCCCGUGUCCUGGAUGAAGAAGUCUUCGAGGGCGAUGUUCAGGAGCUUCUCAUUGUCCCAGGCGUCCAAGCUGCUUAUGAAUCUUGUGAACAGAAAGAUCUGGAAUGUGAGGGGGCUCAAAAGGACAGACCUCAGAACCAUCAGCCUCACCGAGCCCAGAGGUCUCCCAGGCAGCAGCCGUCAAGACUCCACAAGCCGCAGAGCCAGGAGCCCCAGCAACAGCCCACUGAGGCGCUCUACUAUGACUACGAGCCCCCCUAUUAUGACGUGAUGACUCCAGGGACGACCCCUGACUAUCAGCGUCCUCAGAGCCCCAACCACAGGGCUCCCCCUUCCCCUAGGGGGCGUCGGACCCCUCCCCGAAAGUCUAACCCACCUGCCAAGAGGUCAGCAGGCAGGCAGGCACCCCCCUCGGCAGCCCGAAGGCCCUCUCCAACGGGGGGCUCUGGUCCAGCCCGCGGCCAGUCUCCCCCCUCCCGAAGCCCAGCUCGGAGGGCAGCUCCCCCCACUGCCCGGGCCCCCCCCAGGACCAGAGGCAGCGGUUACCGGCAGGACCCCACCCCAGGCGAAGAAGAAGGAGUCCUGGAGCCAAGCCCCUGGCCACUCCCUGAGGAGGAGCAGACAGGCCUCCAGGUCGCCCCCACAGCCGACAGGUUCCGGGCAGCGGAGUAUGGGGAGGGUGGCGCGGACCCCCCGGCAGGGUUCUACGCUUACACCCCUGACUAUGGGGAGGCCUAUGGCGAGGAGACCGAGCUUGGCCCAGCCCUCUCUGCAGAGACAGCCCACCUGGGAGCCGCUGCCCAUGGGCCCCGGGGGCUGAAGGGAGAGAAGGGCGAGCCUGCGGUGCUGGAACCUGGCAUGUUCGUCGAGGGGCCUCCUGGCCCGGAAGGUCCUGCGGGACUGGCUGGACCCCCUGGCAUCCAGGGGAAUCCAGGCCCAGUUGGAGAUCCUGGAGAGCGGGGGCCCCCUGGCCGUGCAGGGCUCCCUGGAUCAGAUGGAGCCCCAGGCCCUCCUGGCACAUCCCUCAUGCUCCCAUUCCGGUUUGGCAGCAGUGGGGGCGACAAGGGCCCUGUGGUGGCAGCUCAGGAGGCCCAGGCCCAGGCGAUUCUGCAGCAGGCGCGGCUGGCGCUCCGUGGACCUCCUGGCCCCAUGGGAUACACGGGCCGCCCUGGACCCUUGGGACAGCCCGGGAGCCCUGGCCUGAAGGGGGAAGCUGGAGAGCUGGGACCUCAGGGUCCCAGAGGACCUCAGGGCCUCACAGGCCCUCCAGGCAAGGCUGGGCGAAGAGGUCGAGCGGGUGCUGAUGGAGCCCGAGGGAUGCCUGGAGAACCUGGAGUGAAGGGUGACCGAGGUUUUGAUGGACUCCCAGGACUACCUGGGGAGAAAGGACAUAGGGGUGAUACUGGUGCCCAAGGCCUUCCUGGGCCCCCUGGUGAAGAUGGAGAGCGGGGAGAUGAUGGGGAGAUCGGGCCCCGAGGGCUGCCUGGAGAGUCGGGACCUCGAGGACUCCUUGGCCCCAAAGGUCCCCCCGGUAUUCCUGGGCCCCCGGGCAUCCGAGGCAUGGAUGGUCCUCACGGCCCCAAAGGGAGCCUGGGGCCUCAAGGAGAGCCAGGACCUCCUGGACAACAAGGCACUCCUGGGACCCAGGGUCUUCCUGGACCUCAGGGUGCCAUUGGUCCUCAUGGAGAGAAGGGUCCUCGAGGGAAACCAGGGCUCCCUGGCAUGCCUGGCUCAGAUGGACCCCCGGGCCACCCAGGGAAGGAAGGCCCACCUGGAACCAAAGGAAACCAGGGUCCCUCUGGACCUCAGGGUCCUCUAGGAUACCCAGGCCCUCGAGGUGCCAAGGGUGUGGAUGGAAUUCGGGGCCUGAAGGGUCACAAGGGUGAAAAAGGCGAGGACGGCUUUCCUGGGUUCAAAGGUGACACCGGCGUGAAAGGCGACCGGGGCGAAGUUGGGGUUCCUGGUUCCAGGGGAGAAGAUGGCCCUGAGGGGCCGAAGGGACGCACUGGACCCAACGGAGACCCUGGGCCCCCUGGGCUCAUGGGAGAGAAGGGCAAGCUCGGUGUUCCUGGUCUGCCUGGCUACCCCGGACGCCAGGGCCCCAAGGGGUCCCUAGGAUUUCCUGGUUUUCCUGGGGCCAGUGGAGAGAAGGGAGCCCGGGGCUUGUCUGGGAAGUCAGGACCCCGAGGAGAACGAGGCCCCACGGGUCCAAGGGGUCAGCGGGGGCCGCGAGGUGCCACUGGGAAGUCUGGAGCCAAGGGAACCUCAGGUGGCGAUGGCUCCCAUGGGCCCCCUGGAGAGAGGGGCCUCCCUGGGCCUCAGGGCCCCAACGGAUUUCCUGGCCCCAAAGGGCCUCCGGGACCCCCGGGAAAGGAUGGGUUGCCAGGACACCCGGGCCAGAGAGGAGAAGUGGGAUUCCAAGGGAAGACUGGCCCCCCGGGCCCCCCUGGAGUGGUGGGACCUCAGGGAACAGCAGGAGAAAGUGGUCCCAUGGGGGAGAGAGGUCACCCCGGCCCCCCAGGACCUCCUGGAGAGCAAGGACUGCCUGGCACAGCUGGAAAGGAAGGGACAAAGGGUGACCCCGGCCCCCCUGGAGCCCCAGGCAAGGAUGGUCCUGCUGGCCUGCGGGGCUUCCCAGGAGAGAGAGGCCUCCCAGGCACUGCUGGUGGACCUGGCUUGAAGGGGAACGAAGGUCCGGCUGGCCCCCCUGGCCCUGCAGGCUCCCCUGGGGAGCGAGGUGCAGCAGGAUCAGGGGGUCCCAUUGGCCCCCCAGGACGCCCAGGCCCUCAGGGUCCCCCUGGAGCAGCAGGAGAGAAAGGCGUCCCUGGUGAGAAGGGACCUAUGGGUCCCACUGGCCGCGAUGGGGUGCAGGGUCCUGUGGGGCUUCCUGGUCCUGCUGGCCCCCCAGGUGUGGCUGGAGAGGAUGGAGACAAGGGUGAAGUGGGAGAUCCCGGACAGAAGGGCACCAAAGGGAACAAGGGCGAACAUGGGCCCCCUGGACCUCCUGGCCCCAUCGGUCCCGUGGGGCAGCCUGGAGCUGCGGGAGCGGAUGGGGAGCCUGGAGCUCGAGGGCCCCAGGGACACUUUGGAGCCAAAGGUGAUGAAGGAACAAGAGGAUUCAAUGGGCCCCCGGGACCCAUUGGCCUACAGGGCUUACCUGGACCCUCUGGGGAAAAGGGAGAAACGGGAGACGUGGGUCCUAUGGGACCACCAGGCCCCCCGGGACCUCGCGGCCCAGCUGGACCCAAUGGUGCUGACGGCCCACAGGGUCCCCCUGGAGGUGUUGGAAACCUGGGUCCCCCUGGAGAGAAGGGGGAGCCUGGAGAGUCAGGAUCUCCUGGGGUCCAGGGUGAGCCAGGUGUCAAGGGCCCACGUGGGGAGCGCGGCGAGAAAGGAGAGUCAGGGCAGCCGGGAGAGGCUGGACCACCGGGGCCUAAAGGCCCCACAGGCGAUGAUGGCCCCAAAGGGAAUCCUGGUCCCGUCGGCUUCCCUGGCGACCCCGGCCCCCCUGGAGAAGGCGGCCCUCGGGGCCAGGAUGGUGCGAAGGGUGACCGUGGAGAGGACGGCGAGCCAGGACAGCCUGGAUCCCCUGGUCCCACUGGGGAGAAUGGACCCCCUGGACCCCUUGGCAAGCGGGGACCUGCCGGCACGACUGGUCCAGAGGGGCGGCAAGGGGAGAAGGGAGCCAAGGGGGAUCCUGGUUCUGUGGGUGCCCCUGGGAAGACAGGCCCUGUGGGUCCUGCAGGCCCAGCAGGCAAGCCUGGCCCUGAUGGUCUACGGGGCCUCCCAGGCUCAGUGGGUCAGCAAGGCCGUCCUGGAGCCACGGGCCUGGCUGGCCCCCCGGGUCCUGUGGGACCCCCAGGGCUUCCAGGCCUCCGGGGCGAUGCUGGAGCCAAAGGAGAGAAGGGUCACCCAGGUCUCAUUGGACUGAUCGGGCCCACGGGAGAGCAAGGAGAGAAGGGGGACCGGGGUCUUCCUGGCCCGCAGGGCUCCCCGGGACAGAAGGGAGAGACGGGUAUCCCCGGAGCCUCUGGCCCCAUCGGUCCUGGAGGGCCCCCUGGCCUCCCUGGACCUGCUGGCCCCAAAGGAGCCAAAGGAGCCACUGGCCCAGCCGGACCCAAGGGAGCGAAGGGCAUCCAGGGCCCUCCAGGACACCCGGGCCCUCCGGGAGAGGUGAUCCAGCCACUGCCCAUCCAGAUGCCCAAGAAGACCCGCCGCUCCGUGGACGGAAGUCUCCUGGUGCAGGACGAUGAGGCCAUGCCCACAGGAGGUGCCCCGGGCAGUCCCGGGGGGCUGGAGGAGAUCUUUGGCUCACUGGAUUCGCUGCGGGAGGAGAUUGAGCAGAUGAGGAGGCCGACAGGGACCCAGGACAGCCCCGCCCGCACCUGCCAGGACCUGAAGCUGUGCCACCCUGAGCUGCCUGAUGGAGAGUACUGGGUGGACCCCAACCAGGGCUGCGCGCGAGAUGCCUUCCGGGUGUUCUGCAACUUUACAGCAGGAGGGGAGACGUGUGUGACACCCAGGGAUGACGUCACACAGUUCUCCUACGUGGACUCCGGGGGCUCUCCGGUGGGCGUGGUCCAGCUCACCUUCCUGCGGCUGCUCAGCGUCUCUGCCCACCAAGACGUCUCCUAUCCAUGCUCCGGAGUGGCUCGGGAUGGGCCCCUGAGACUCCGGGGGGCCAACGAAGAUGAGCUGAGCCCAGAGACCAGCCCCUAUGUCAAGGAAUUCAAAAGUGGCUGUCAGACCCAGCAAGGCCGGACGGUGCUGGAGGUGCGCACUCCUGUCCUGGAGCAGCUGCCGGUGCUGGAUGCCUCCUUCUCAGACCUGGGGGCCCCUCCGAGGAGGGGAGGGGUGCUGCUGGGACCUGUCUGCUUCAUGGGCUAGGACUUUCUCUGACGCUGUCUGUCAGAUCCAGCCCCAUCGGGAGUCACACAGCCUUGGCUCCACACCACCUCCCACAAGGGCCUGCCACCAUCCGGGGGCCUUGGGCCAGGGCACCGUGAGCCCCAAGUCAGGGGCAGUGGGGAGGGUGAGUCGGGGUGCCACUGGGACAGUCCAGGGGAGGGGUAUCAUCUGGACUCCAGCCCUCCCACCUGGAGCCCGUGACCUAUUAGAGAGCGGAGACCCUUAUUUAAAAACACUUCCCAAUCACCCCAAACAAGAGGAAGACAAAGGACACUGUGUAUUUUGUAUUUAAAAAAGGAAUUAUAUUAAUUAUUUAAAGAGCGGAGAACAAAACGAAGAAAAUAACAGCCCAGCAGGUGUUGGGGACUGGUGCUGCAAGGGUGGGCUCGGGCACCCAUCCUCACCUCAGGGUUUUCCUCAGUGCCCGUGGGUGUGAUUUCUGCGCUCAACCCCACUUCUGGGCCCCCUCCUGGAGCGCUCACUGAGCCUGCGGGAUACACAGUCUCCUUUCCUCAGGGCUCCAGCUGUCUCCCCAGCUGGGCUUUCUCACCCCCUGCCUGCGGUUCUAACCCUGGUCCGGGCCUGGGGUGGGCGGGACUACCUGCCACUUGGGGAUCAGGCUCCGCCCCCCCGGGGGAAGUGGACCAGAGGGGCUGUGCAGGGCCUGCAUUGAGCAGAUGUUGAAAUAACUGAAGUUCUUCCACGUGACUGGAAAAUCAUUGUGACUCUGAGCGCCCCUGGGCAUCUCGUUGCCUUCCUGGACACAUUAGUCCAGAUUCUGCAAUGAAAGGGUUAAUGUCUAGCCUAUGGCCUCCUAGGAGUUGCCAGAGUUCAUUCUGACUGACGGUUAAACAAUGUGAUCUCCUCGUGGGC